CGAAAGAAGAUGAUCACAAAUAAUGAAUCGUCGUCGCUUGCAUCGUUUUCUUCCUCCGGCUACGCCAUUCGGAACUCGGAAGGGCGAGCAGAGCCUUAUUCGAAUCGCCUGCCUUGCCUUCUUCCGAUCCUUGAUCUUCCUCCGCCGGAAAAGGAGUAGAUUUGGAGGUUUUGGUGACAAAGUUUCCCCCUUUUUGUUUAGCUUGGUUGGAGACCGGAGAGGGUGGCCACAAGUUCCGGAUUCUGUUCGGUGGAGGUUAGCGAGAAUAGAAGUAGGGUUUUAGCUGGAGGAAUGGCGGCGGCCGCGGGGGAGGUCAUGGCGCGGUGGCUCUUGUGGUUGAUCCUCGCGUCUGCUGCUAUUCGUCGCGUUCUUGCGAACGCGGAAGGUGAUGCAUUGAACAGCCUAAAGUCCAACUUAGAUGAUCCAAAUAAUGUGUUGCAGAGCUGGGAUCCAUCCUUGGUGAAUCCAUGCACAUGGUUCCACGUUACUUGCAGCCCUGAUAAUCAUGUCAUAAGAGUUGAUCUUGGAAAUGCACAGUUGUCUGGAGCUUUGGUCCCCCAGCUUGCUCAACUAACAAAUUUGCAAUAUUUGGAACUUUACAGUAACCGCAUUAGUGGGCCAAUCCCAAGUGAGCUUGGGAAUUUGUCAAAUUUGGUGAGUCUGGAUCUGUAUCUUAACAAUAUCACGGGUGGAAUACCUGAUUCACUUGCAAAUCUGCAAAAGCUGCGGUUUCUACGGCUCAAUAACAACAGUCUAUCGGGCCAAAUUCCAGUAUCUUUGACCAACAUUGGAACUCUUCAAGUUCUGGAUCUAUCUAGCAACGAUCUAACAGGUAAUAUUCCGAUAACUGGAUCAUUCGCACGAUUUACUCCAAUCAGUUUUCAGAAUAACAGAUUAAAUACUACUCCAGUAACUCCAUCAUCUCCACUUUCUCCACCUUCCUCUUCAAGUCAAGGAAGUAGUGCUACUAGCAUUGGAGCAAUAGCUGGUAGUGUGGCUGCUGGUGCUGCCAUGCUUUUUGCUGCCCCUGCUAUUGGUUUUGUCUGGUGGCGUCGUCGCAGACAACAAGAAUAUUUUUUUGAUGUACCUGCCGAAGAAGACCCAGAGGUUCACUUGGGCCAGCUAAAAAGGUUUUCUUUGAGGGAGUUACAAGUCGCAACAGAUAAUUUCAGUAACAAAAACAUUUUAGGCAAAGGUGGAUUUGGUAAAGUCUACAAAGGAAGGCUUGCAGAUGGAUCACUUGUAGCUGUGAAGAGGCUAAAAGAAGAACGCACCCCGGGCGGGGAGCUCCAGUUUCAAACUGAAAUUGAGAUGAUUAGCAUGGCUGUGCAUCGCAACCUACUUCGACUGCGUGGAUUUUGUAUGACGCCUACUGAACGAUUGCUUGUUUAUCCUUUUAUGGCUAAUGGAAGUGUUGCAUCAUGCUUAAGAGAUCGUCCGCCGUCACAGCCACCACUCGAUUGGUCAAUUCGGCCUAGAGUUGCAUUGGGUGCUGCAAGGGGGCUGUCCUACUUGCAUGAUCAUUGCGAUCCCAAAAUCAUUCAUCGUGAUGUAAAAGCUGCAAAUAUCUUGUUGGAUGAGGAGUUUGAGGCAGUUGUUGGGGAUUUUGGCUUAGCCAAACUAAUGGACUACAAGGAUACACAUGUGACAACUGCUGUUCGAGGAACGAUAGGUCAUAUUGCUCCAGAGUACCUGUCAACCGGUAAAUCAUCUGAGAAGACUGAUGUAUUUGGGUACGGAAUUACGCUUUUGGAACUGAUUACAGGCCAGAGAGCAUUUGACCUCGCGCGGCUUGCAAAUGAUGACGAUGUCAUGUUGCUUGAUUGGGUUAAAGGACUUCUGAGCGAGAAAAAGCUUGACAUUUUAGUCGAUCCAGAUUUGCAAAACACCUACGUCGAUGCUGAAGUGGAGUCACUUAUCCAGGUAGCGCUGCUAUGUACUCGCGGAACACCGAUGGAAAGACCCAAGAUGUCAGAGGUGGUAAGAAUGCUCGAAGGAGAUGGACUGACAGAAAGGUGGGAGGAAUGGCAAAAGGUUGAGUUAGUGAGGCGGGAGAAGCCGAUCUUCGUUAAUAGCAGCUGGGUUGUAGAUUCGACAGAAAACCUUCCCCCAGAUGAAUUGACAGGACCUCGAUGACGCCAUUCAUGAAGCGGAUGAAAGCGAUUUGUCGAUGGUUUCUUCGCCAGUUUCUUGAUAUUCGAAACUCAUUUAUAGUACCAAUUUAACCGGAACUAUAUUCAUCACUGGUGUAUGAUGUUUAUCAGAAUUGUGUCAUACAAGUUUGUUUCAUGUGUAUAUUUCAGAAGACAGAAAUGUAGAAUUACCUUGUUGCAGUAAGAAAAUCUGUAAAACUUUGCUAUGGUUUUGUGGUGUACAUCCAACUUUCUAUCAGUGAAUGAAUGAACCAAUGUCAAUGGUUGCUUAUGGCCGUAAA